CACAAGCACAAGGAGUGUCAGAUAUCACAGAGUUUUCUCUAGAAUCAGGUGACACAUUGAAAGCCUGUAGUUAUUAUUCAUAAUCAAAACGUGUUGGCUACAUUAAGAAAAGACAUUGAAGUCCAAAAACUCUGAAGACAGGAAGGACUGCAUUUGAAUUAUAGAGAGAUGGAUGUGGGGCCAUUUAGCAGGAAACAGUGGGCGUCACAAUCGUUACGAAUCACAGCCAAAGAGCUCUCAUUGGUUGGGAGCCGUGGCAAGAACAAUGCCAUCACUCAGCGCUUUUCCAAAUAUCAGAAAGCCGCUGAGGAGGCAAGUGCAGAACAUAAAAAAUCAUCUGUUGACAGUGUGCCUCUGUCCAUGCGAUCAGGAAACCUGAGUGUACUGAAGAAACGCUGGGAACAGACACAUCAGGAGAAAUCUGCUCCUCAGCUGAGUGUGGCACCUGUGAGCCUGACAGCUCGGUCUGCUUCCUGCAAACCCAGCAGUCCUCCAGAACCACCUGCUUCCUCCAGCAAACUCAUGCGACAGCCCAGCCUGACUCAAGAGUCAACCUCCCAUGAGAGACCUGCAAAAAUAAAGGCAGACGUGGAGACUAAACAAAAGAAGUGUGUAAAAGAGAAUGAAAAAAGUAUGACUGCAUCUGAUCCAUGUUCCCCUGCGGAGAAACCAGCCCUGCCCCUCAAUAACCUCAAAAUUAUGUAUGAAAAGGGCAAAAGCAAGGUGCAAACAGAAGCGAACAGCAGCUCAGGGGACGUGGACACACAAAUGGGCAACAGAGGUAAACCAAGUCUGAGGCGCAGCGGCUCUAUCAAGGACAGGAUGGUAAAAUAUCAAUUGGCGGUCACCAGACAGGCUUCUUUUACUGUGCCACGCUCUGCAAACCAGUCAGAAACAGAGAUUCCCUGCAUGGAUCAUAAGGAGAUUUCUCCACCUGCUGGUGAUGGACAGAUAGUGAGCACACUCCCUGAGUCCCUGAGAAAUUGCACAAAGAUAAAUGGAGAGCAUGUACACACAACAAGUCCCAGUGCAGCAACUGCUGUAUCAGAGAACAAGGACCCUCCUAAAGUGGCCAGGAAAUUUCACCUGCCUGUCCAGGAAAGAUGUGUAUCCUGCCUGAAGACUGUUUACCCAUUGGAGAAAUAUGUUGCCAAUCAGCAGAUUUACCACAAGACUUGCUUCCGCUGUGCCUUUUGUAGUACAAAACUCGGUUUGGGGACUUAUGCUUCCCUACAUGGCAACAUCUACUGUAAACCUCACUUCAGCCAGCUAUUCAAGUCUAAGGGCAACUAUGAUAAGGGCUUUGGCCAUCGACCACACAAGGAAAUUUGGAUACCACGAACAAACGAGGAGGAACCUGAGGAAGGUGAAAACUCAAAGCCCUUUGUGGUAGACUCUGUGUUAGUGAAGCCUGCAGAACAACUGAGCCCUAAAGUGGAGGAGUCAGGACUGGCCAAAUUCACUGACCUGGCUGCAGCUCAAGGGACAAGAAGUCAAAUGACCAGUUCCACAGAAAAACCACAAACCACUUCUGUGGAAACAAGAAAACUGAGAGUCGCGUGGCCACCUCCUGCAGACAGUGAUGGAAGCUCCAAAGUCUCCAGUCCAGCCACUGAAGUUGGAAAGGGUUCAUCCAAGCUUUUCAGAGCAAAGUGGCCUCCAGAGGAGGAAGCUCCACCUGCUCAACAGAGCCAUGAACGAGCAGAACUGAAAAGUCUGCGACGUAGUUCCUCACUCAAAGAGCGGAGCCGUCCCUUUUCCGUGGCACCAAGCUUAGCAUUAUCCAAUGCUUCAAAACAAGAGUCACAAUUAUCUCACAAGGUUGCUUUGGUCAGACGAGGCUCGGUGGAGGAUCUUCGUUCACGGUCAAAAGUGAAAACAGACAAAACUGAAGUGCAAAAAGAGGCAAAAACCCCAGAUGAAAACACAAAGGACAGCGACAACCAAUCCAAGGAGAACGUUGAGAGUCCAGCCAUAAUUGAUAGGAAAGAAAAGAUGUCCCCUUCUAUUCUCAAACAGACACAACAAACAAAAAAGGAAGUUGAGCCACAACAAACAAAAAAUGAAGCUGAUCUACAACAAACAAAUAAAGAGUCUCAGACUCAACUAACAAAAAAGGAGCCUGAGCUACAAAAUCAGGAGGUUCCGAAAGGUCAUGUGGAAGAUGAGGAAAAAACGGUGAAUUGCUUAAGCACUUCUCCUGAGCUCCAGACUUCCCAAGACACAUCCUCUCCAACUGUGGAAGAAAAAGCCCAUAGGACAUCUCAGGAUGUGGGCUUCUGGGAUGGCGAGGAGGCUGAGGAGUCCCUGACUGUAGAGGAGAUGAUCAAGAGGAAUCGCUACUAUGAAGAUGAAGAUGACGAGGAGGAGGAAGUGGCAAUAGUUUGACAAUUUAUGUCUUCAAUCCCUUCCAUUUAUUAUUUACUCUGAAAAUAUAACUGGUAUAAAUUCAACAUAAUAAAAAAAAAUACAAGUAUUUUAUUAUAUUUUAUCCAAGCACUAUGGUACUGUACAUCUUUUCUUUAAACUUCUUUCUUGGAACUUGGAACUAUCAGUAAUUUUUUUGUAUUUUGUUCUUUGACAUCCAUGUUUUCUUUUG